AUGCAAAAUGUCACCUGGGUGUCCCUGAGGAUCCGCGUGUCUCGGGUGCGUCAGACGGUCAGGAGUCCAAGCGGCUUCGGGGUGUGUAAUCGUGGACAGGCUCUCUGGUCUGCGAUGUCCCUCUCGUCCGGGGAAAUUAGUGGUGGCGCUGGGAAAUUCAAGGCUCGAUGGGGCCACGCGGUGCCGCGGGGCGUCGGUUGGAUGGACACCCAUGAAGGCAACCAUACCAAUACGAGCCAUCCUUGCGCUCCAGAAGAUGAUUUCAAGCAUCUGGUGUACACCACCAUUUAUAUAAUUGUCUUUUUCGUUGGACUGCUGUUUAAUGGGGCAGCUAUAUACAUCUUUUACAAGAUAAAGAAAAAGAAAGGCACCUCUACUAUUUGUUUACUAAAUCUCGCCGCAGCAGACUUAAUCUUCAUAGUUUUCCUGCCUCUUAAAAUAACCUACUAUCUUAAAGGAGCAGUGUGGAUAUUUGGGGACUUCCUGUGCCGGGUUGCAUCAUUUUCUUUCUAUUUCAGCAUGUACUCCAGCAUCUUCUUUUUGGCCUGCCUGAGUGUGUUUCGAUACAUUUCAGUAGCAUAUCCUGGAAUAGUUAAUAAGAAAAAAAUAACCAUCACCUGUGCUUGUGUAUGGGUAUUUACUUUUGCUAGCACUUCUCCCUUCCUGCUUUCUGGUACAGUUGACCGGGGUGGUGUAACCAGGUGCUUUGAGCCCACUCAUCUGCAGAUAUGGAAAAGAAUAAUGUACUUGAACUAUUAUGCUCUAAUUGUUGGAUUUAUUCUUCCCAUGCUGAUAAUUGUAGUUAGCAAUGUGUUACUCAUCAGACACAUCAUGCAUAUGCCUAUGGAGAAAAGAAGCAUUAGAAAACAGGUCAUUAUGAUUGUCCUAGUUCUACUUGUUUGCUGUGUCUGCUUUCUCCCAUACCAUGUUCAGAGGACUGUCCACCUCUAUUAUUUGGUCCACUACCCAAACAUAUGCAGCUUACAGAAGGUCCUCCAGAAGGCUGUUGUGGCAACAUUAAGUUUAGCUGUUCUGAACACCUGCCUAGAUCCUCUGUUGUAUGUUUUUAUAGGACAGGGUUACAAACAAUGGCUACUCAUGCUCUGUAGGACCAAGACAUCUCAGAAUGUGAAACCAUUUUCAACAGAUUCUAGCGACGUUAGUCAAGAAAAUGCAGAUGAAGUUCCAAUGAAUGAAUAUCUGCAAGUUUCCAAGAAUGAAGUUAACAAUGUUAUCUAA